CUGUAACCGUCUUCUGCACUGAACCAUCAUGGCUGCGUCCGUAAAAAAAAGCAUGUCAAGUAAAAAAAGGAAACUUGGAGACUUGAGUGUGGAUGAGUUUAUGGCUGGAGACCUGGACACAAGCGGGACGGAGUCAGACCACUCUGCAACAAAGUCUAAGAAGAAGAAGACCCCAAGUAAAAAACAGAUCCCAAGUAAACAAAAGACCCCAAGUAAAAAACAGACCCCAAGUAAACAACAGAGCUCUAGUAAACAACAAUCAAAGAUGAAGCAAAACACUAACAGUGGCAAGAAGUCCCAAGGGGUAGUAUCAAAACAUCAGGCUUCACUAGACAGACUCGCAAAGCAGGAUCCUGAAUUUUAUGAGUUCCUUAAAGAUGAAGAUGAAUCUCUACUUAAAUUUGGGGAAUUAUCAGGAUCAGAUGUUUCUGACAGCAGUGAUGACGAUGACUCGACAAGCAAAUCUGAUAACGCUGAUGAAGAGAAACCUGAUGAUGAUGAUGACAAUGAAGAUGAGGAUGAAGAUAUCAGUGACUUUGAGUCUUCAUCAGAGGAUGAGAUCUCUCAAGAUAAGAUCAUGAAAUUCCUGGAGAAGAAGAAUAAGGAGGAAAUUGCAAAGAAGAAAGCUGAGUUAGAGGAAUUUGAUAAAGCCAAAGCUAAGGCUGCUGAGAAGAACAAGAAGGUCGUUGAUUCUGAUAAGAAAAAUGUGGUAGAAAAAAAUAAGGGAAAUAAGAAGACAGCAGAGAAGAAAACUGACCACAAUGCGGAGGCAAAAGAUAUUGUUGAGAAAAUAAAUAGUGUAGAUGAUAGUGAUGAUGAUGAUAAUGAAAAUGAUGAUCACCAGGAAGAGGAAAAUGAGGAGGAUGCCGGAGAGCAAGAGGAAGAAAAUGAGGAUGAUUUUGAUAUGGAUGAAUCAGAUUCGGAUGAGGAUGGAAUAUUACAUCAACCUGAUAUGGAACUGGAGGAGAUGAGUAACAGUGAUGAUGAUGAUGACGAUGAUGAUGGACAGCCUAAGAAGAAAGGUGGACGGAUUUCAGUGACAGUGAAAAUGGUGAAAAACUGGACUCGGAGAUUCAAGACCACCCCUUCUCCGACCCUGAUUAAAGAGGCAGUGGGUGCCUUCAAGGCUGCUGUGUUACACACAUCUGGGGAGACUGUGUCCACGAAAUACAAGGUGGAGGGAGCAAAAGUGUACAACGCGGUGGUGCGUAUGUGUCUGGUGGAGGUCCCUGGGGCCCUUCAAAAGAUUCUCAACCUGCCUGCGCGCACCGACCUCCAGAAGCCUGUGCUGCCUACCAGCAAGGACCAGAAGUGGAAGGUGGUGCGCUCUGAUGUGAAGUCCUACCUGACUGAUGUAUUGCAGCUACUGACCGGUCUGUCCCAGAGCGGCAUGAUAGACGUCCUUCUGAAGCACAUCCACAAGCUGGUUGUCUUCUACGCUUGCUACCCGAAAGUGGCGAAAAUCAUGUUGAAGAAAGUGAUCCACCAAUGGAGCGCGGGUGAAGAGACAUCGCGGGUGCUGGCAUUCCUGUGCGUGAAUCGAAUCAUUCGGAUCAACCCCGAGGCCAUGCUGGAAAACUGUGUCAAGCAAUUGUACAUUGCCUAUGUGCGUAACUGCAAGUUCACGUCUCCUAACACGCUACCCCUGAUCAACUUCAUGCAGCGAUCGUUUGUAGAGGUUCUCUCCCUUGAUUAUGACCUCGCGUACCAAUACGCCUUCAUUUACAUCCGACAGUUGGCCAUACACUUGAGGAAUGCUAUCACUACCAAGAAAAAGGAGUCAUGCCAGGCUGUAUACAACUGGCAGUUCAUCCACUGUCUGAGUCUCUGGUGUCGAGUGCUGUGUGCCACGUAUCCUAACGAGGUCAUGCAGCCCCUUAUUUAUCCCUUGGUUCAAGUGAUCAUUGGCACUAUCAAACUGGUUCCAACCCAGAGGUACUACCCACUACGGUUCCACUGCUGCGCUACCUUGACCCAGCUGUCUAAGGCUACGAAGACGUUUGUACCAGUCCUGCCUUUCCUGCUUGAGGUGUUCGAGCAGACGGACUUCAACAAGAGACACAAGAACCUGAGCAUGAAGCCCUUCCAUUUCGCCUGCAUCCUCAAGCUUUCCAAGGCACAAAUCCAAGAAAAGGAGUUCAAGGAUGGGCUUAUCGACCAACUCUACGAACUAUUGCUGGAGCACUUCAACGCGCAUGCGCAUUCCAUCGGCUUUCCAGAAUUGGUUUUGCCCGCCAUGUUACAGCUGAAAGAUUUCCUGAAGAAGUGCAAGGUGGGUAACUUCACGAAGCAGGUGCGCCAGAUUGUGGACAAGGUCGAGGAGAACAGCAAGUACAUCGUGGCCCGCCGCCGUACCGUCAACAUCAGCCUCGCAGACGACAAAGCUAUCGACCAAUGGGAACGCGAGUGUGAAACGGCUGGUCCUCCGCUGCACAAGUUCCACGCCACUUGGCGGAAACUGCGAGACCGCGAGCUGAUGCAUAAGAUAGCCGCCAGAGACACGGUCGUUGAUACCGAGUUGCCGACCAUAAAGCGACAACAGAAGGCUUCGACAGACGAGAAGAAAGAGUUCUCGGCCUUGUUUGAUGACGACAGCGAAGAGGAACAGGAUCUUACGGACAGGUUUCUGCCGCCCGCCGAGAAGAAGAAGUUGCAGAAAGCCAAGGCUGCAGCAGCUAGCAAGACCGCCAAACAGACCGGAAAUGUUGAUGUAAAUGAUGACGAUGAAGAUGAUUAUAGCGAUUUUGACAGCGAUGAGCUGGAGCAACUUGCUGGUUCUGCUGACGACGACGACGAUGAAAAUGAUGAUGGGGAUGAUGAUGAUGGAGACGAAGGUGCGGUCGAUGAUGAUAGUGAUGAUGAUGAUGUUAAAGAGGAAGCUGCUGACGCUGGUGAUGAUGGCGAUGAUGAUAUCCCAGAAGGCGAAGACAUUGUCAAAGAUUUCUCAAUGUCAUCUGAUGAAGAAGACUAACAUUGUUAUGACAGAAAAAAUCAUUGUUAAAAAAAUAUGUAAAAGAAAUAGACAACACGUUAUCUUGAAUGCAAUUAGAAUUGGGUAAAACUUCAUCAAACAUAAAAACUAUACAAAUAGAUGACACAGAAUUUUGGUAAUAAUGCAACAUAGUCAUGUAUAACCAUUUCUGAUUAAAUAUUUCAAUAAAUUAAGGAAAGUCCGUGUUUCGCCAGGACUUAACAUAUACAUCACACCAUGUUCACUUGUUAUUUUAGUUUCUUUUACUUAUUUCGUCAUCCUUUGAAAUUGUGUGUCUUGCUUUGAUAAAACUGGGCAUAAUGCGUAAAGUGUCGUCUCAAAUUAGCCUUUUACUAGAUUUUCGGUAAAAUGGGACUUCCUCUAAACGAAAAAUACCAUUAAAGCGGAAAGGGUCGUCCCUGAUUAGCCUGUGUGGACUGCACAGGCUAAUCUGGGACGACACUUUACGCACAUGCAUUUCGUCCAAUUUUCACAGAACAAGGCACAAAUAAACAAGCUCACUGUCAUGAUUUGGCUCGCCAUAAAAGUGCGUUACAAACAAGCGGACUAUUCUAUUUUAGCAAGUGUUGUGUACCGGUACUUUUUAAAUAUAAUACAGGCCACUAUCAAGUAAUACAAUAUUUUUAAUUUUGCAAACCAAUGACAACGAACAAUUUUAAAAAAGAAAAUGCUGCAAACAUAUCUUAUCAUUGUAUUAACAAGUUAGUGUAUGCUGUUUUGUCAAAUCCGAAUUAUUUAUUAUAAAACGUUAUAUUAUGAUACUUAAAACGAUUUUGUUAGAAGAUACUUUGAUGUUGCAAUGUGGUGUUGUUGUUUUAUUUUAACGGUUUCCAACAUAGCUAGAUAGUUCACCGAAAUGGUCAUUGCGAACUCGUUAAUGAUGUUUUUAACUGUAAGUACGACCAAUAAAAGAUACAAUAAUC